GCAAGGGACAAGAACGAUGGGCUUCGGAGUUGCUUCUUGGAAACUCUUAAUUCAUUUACUAUUUUUCCAGCAGCUUGCUUAUGGGAAUCAUGAUGAGUCCAUGAUGAGUAAAAGCUAUAUACAACUUCCAAGCAGUAAAACUGGCGAGAUUGAGGUCACGAAGGUAAAUGAUUCCCAUGGAGAAGAAAAGGGAAACACACAACAUUUUCAAGCUCAUGAUCACUUGUCUCACAUGGAAAUGGAUCCAAAUUUAAUGAUUUUCUUCACCCCGAAUGACCUAAAAGUAGGCAAAACGAUGCCUGUUUACUUUCCCAAGAUAGAUCCUUCUAUUAUACCUCCACGCUUGUUGCCUUUAGAUGAAUCUUCGUCCAUUCCCUUCUCCCUCAAACAACUCCCUUUCCUUCUCAAUCGCUUCUCUUUCUCCCAACACUCUCCCCAAGGUAGAGCCGUGGAGGAUACCCUCAAGCAGUGUGAGUCUAGAUCCAUCAAUGGAGAGACCAAGAUGUGUGCUACUUCCCUAGAAUCUAUGCUCGAUUUCGCAUGUGGCGCAUUCGGACUAGAGGAUGACAUUAGUGUUGUGACAACUACCCACUUGACCAAUUUAAGUGUGUCUCUUCAGAACUACACUAUUUUGGAAGUGCCUAAAGAGAUAUUGCCUCACAAGAAGAAGAUGGUGGCAUGUCACACCAUGCCUUACCCUUAUGCAGUGUACUAUUGCCAUUACCAAGACAGCGAGAAUAAGGUGUAUAAGAUCUUAUUGGGUGGUGAAAAUGGAGACAAGGUUGAAGCCAUUGCUGUAUGUCACAUGGAUACUUCGCAGUGGAGCCGUAACCAUGUCUCAUUUCGUGUGUUAAGAAUCGAGCCCGGUACUUUACCAGUCUGCCAUUUCUUCCCCUCGGAGAAUCUCGUUUGGAUUCCAAAACCCAUAUCGACCUAG